AUGAUACUUGGCGCAACCCCACUGGAACUACUCGGCGUGAACACAGCCGAUGCCGGACGAUAUAACCCGAAUAUAACCUCGCCAGCUCCUCAGGCGGAAUCCUCGCCAAAUAAUAAGGCCGAGCCGUUGUCACCCAGAAUGAAAACCGAAUAUGAGCCCAAGAAAUCUGCAAAAAAAGAUGACUAG